UCCCUGGGCUCGCAUCCCUCCUCCCUGCCUGCUCCCCUCCUGCCAGUACAGUACAACUAGUACAUGAGCGCACAUACACACAGACAUACACGCACACACGUACAGGAGCUCCCUAAGGCUAAUACUGCAGCUGCCAUGGAUAUCAGCUAACAACACAGGCAGGCGCGCGCGCGCGCUCCCACUCUCAGCACGCAGGAGUGGCCCCCGGCAUCCCUACCCUCCUCCCCACCCCCACGCCACCCGUUCCCCAGCUUGGCCACUGCUCGCGCUGGCUCUGCCACCACCACCACCGCCGCCAACGCCACCACAGCUUCCUCUGCUGCGGGGCCACAGGCUUGAGUGUCAUUCAAGGGACAGCACAACCUCACCCAAGCUCUCCUACCUCUGCCCAGCGGUCCCUCUCAUCCUCCCCCUUCCUCUGCCACACUCCAUCCAAAGAAGAGAGGGAAAGAGCGGAGCAGAGGGGAGAAAGCAAAGUCUGCCACCCUCAUCUCUUAGUCCCCUGGCUCCUCCAUCCUCAUUCUCGCACUACCAACCCCCUCUGUCCACAGGACCCUCAAGAGCUGAGGCGACUCACCCUACUGCAAUGUCCAAAAGCUUGAAAAAGAAAAGCCACUGGACUAGCAAAGUCCAUGAGAGUGUCAUUGGCAGGAACCCGGAGGGCCAGCUGGGCUUUGAAUUGAAAGGGGGCGCCGAGAAUGGACAAUUCCCCUACCUGGGGGAGGUGAAGCCUGGCAAGGUGGCCUAUGAGAGCGGCAGCAAGUUGGUGUCCGAGGAGCUGCUUCUGGAGGUGAAUGAGACCCCCGUGGCGGGGCUCACCAUCAGGGACGUUCUAGCCGUGAUCAAACACUGCAAGGACCCCCUUCGGCUCAAGUGUGUCAAACAAGGAGGAAUUGUUGAUAAGGAUCUUCGUCACUACCUCAACUUACGAUUUCAGAAGGGUUCUGUUGACCACGAACUUCAGCAGAUCAUCCGAGACAACCUCUACCUCCGCACAGUGCCAUGCACCACAAGACCACAUAAGGAGGGUGAGGUCCCUGGAGUGGACUACAUUUUCAUAACUGUUGAAGAUUUUAUGGAAUUGGAGAAAAGCGGUGCUCUCCUAGAAAGUGGGACCUAUGAAGACAAUUACUACGGUACCCCGAAGCCUCCAGCUGAACCAGCACCAUUAUUAUUAAAUGUAACAGAUCAGAUACUUCCGGGAGCCACUCCAAGUGCUGAAGGGAAACGGAAGAGAAAUAAAUCAGUGAGCAACAUGGAGAAAGCAAGUAUAGAGCCUCCUGAGGAGGAGGAGGAAGAAAGGCCUGUGGUCAAUGGAAAUGGAACAGCGGUAACUCCAGAAUCCAGUGAACAUGAGGACAAGAGCGCAGGUGCCUCAGGGGAGACACCCUCCCAGCCUUACCCUGCGCCAGUGUACAGUCAGCCUGAGGAACUAAAAGAACAGAUGGACGAUACAAAGCCAACAAAGCCUGAGGAGAGUGAGGACUCAGACCCACUGCCAGACAACUGGGAAAUGGCCUAUACAGAGAAGGGUGAAGUCUACUUCAUCGACCAUAACACAAAGACAACAUCAUGGCUGGAUCCACGACUCGCGAAAAAGGCUAAACCUCCAGAAGAGUGCAAAGAAAAUGGGCCUCAUCCUGCAUAUGCGCAGAUCAGGCUUCAAAAAAUGGCCCACAAGCUUCCAUAUGGCUGGGAAAAAAUCGAUGACCCCAUAUAUGGCACUUAUUAUGUUGACCACAUAAAUAGAAGAACACAGUUUGAAAACCCUGUCCUGGAAGCCAAAAGGAAGCUACAGCAGCAUAACAUGCCCCACACAGAACUUGGAACAAAGCCCCUGCAGGCCCCAGGUUUCCGAGAAAAGCCGCUCUUCACCCGGGAUGCAUCCCAGCUGAAGGGAACUUUCCUCAGCACCACCCUGAAAAAGAGCAACAUGGGCUUUGGAUUUACCAUCAUCGGUGGAGAUGAGCCGGAUGAGUUUCUGCAGGUGAAAAGCGUGAUUCCAGACGGGCCUGCCGCGCAAGAUGGGAAAAUGGAGACAGGUGAUGUCAUUGUCUAUAUUAAUGAAGUUUGUGUCCUUGGACACACACAUGCAGAUGUUGUCAAACUUUUCCAGUCUGUUCCUAUUGGUCAGAGUGUCAACCUGGUGUUGUGUCGUGGCUACCCUUUGCCCUUUGAUCCUGAAGAUCCUGCUAACAGCAUGGUGCCACCCCUUGCAAUAAUGGAGAGGCCACCUCCAGUGAUGGUCAAUGGAAGACAUAACUAUGAAACAUAUUUGGAAUACAUUUCUCGGACCUCACAGUCAGUUCCAGAUAUUACAGAUCGGCCACCUCAUUCUUUGCACUCCAUGCCAGCUGAUGGCCAGCUAGAUGGCACGUAUCCACCACCCGUCCAUGACGACAAUGUGUCUAUGGCUUCAUCUGGAGCCACCCAAGCUGAACUUAUGACCUUAACCAUUGUGAAAGGUGCCCAGGGCUUUGGCUUCACUAUUGCUGACAGUCCCACGGGACAGCGGGUGAAACAAAUACUUGACAUUCAGGGAUGCCCUGGGCUGUGUGAAGGUGACCUCAUUAUUGAGAUCAACCAGCAGAAUGUACAGAACCUGAGCCAUACAGAAGUAGUGGAUAUACUUAAGGACUGCCCCAUUGGAAGUGAGACUUCUUUGAUUAUCCAUCGAGGAGGAUUCUUUUCUCCAUGGAAAACUCCAAAGCCUAUAAUGGACCGGUGGGAGAAUCAAGGCAGUCCUCAAACAAGUUUAUCUGCUCCGGCCGUACCACAGAACCUGCCCUUCCCACCAGCCCUUCACAGGAGCUCCUUUCCUGACUCAACAGAGGCCUUUGACCCACGGAAGCCUGACCCAUAUGAGCUCUACGAGAAAUCUAGAGCCAUUUAUGAAAGUAGGCAACAAGUGCCACCCAGGACCAGUUUUCGAAUGGAUUCCACUGGUCCAGAUUAUAAGGAAUUGGAUGUUCACCUUCGGAGAAUGGAGUCUGGAUUUGGCUUCAGAAUCCUUGGGGGAGAUGAACCUGGACAGCCUAUUUUGAUUGGAGCCGUCAUUGCCAUGGGCUCAGCGGACAGAGACGGCCGCCUCCACCCUGGGGAUGAGCUGGUCUACGUGGAUGGGAUUCCAGUGGCGGGCAAGACCCACCGCUACGUCAUCGACCUCAUGCACCACGCAGCCCGCAAUGGGCAGGUUAACCUCACUGUGAGAAGAAAGGUGCUAUGUGGAGGGGAGCCCUGCCCAGAGAAUGGAAGGAGUCCAGGCUCUGUAUCAACCCACCACAGCUCUCCACGCAGUGACUACGCAAACUACACCAACAGCAACCAUGCUGCCCCCAGUAGCAAUGCCUCACCCCCUGAAGGCUUCACCUCCCACAGCCUGCAGACAAGUGAUGUGGUCAUUCACCGCAAAGAAAACGAAGGCUUCGGCUUUGUCAUCAUCAGUUCCCUGAACAGGCCUGAGUCUGGAGCCACUAUAACUGUGCCCCAUAAAAUCGGACGCAUCAUUGAUGGGAGUCCUGCAGAUCGCUGUGCAAAACUAAAAGUGGGAGACCGGAUCUUAGCAGUGAACGGCCAGUCUAUCAUCAACAUGCCUCACGCUGACAUCGUGAAGCUCAUCAAGGAUGCAGGUCUUAGUGUCACCCUUCGCAUCAUUCCUCAGGAGGAGCUCAACAGCCCAGCGUCAGCACCCAGCUCAGAGAAGCAGAGCCCCAUGGCCCAGCAGCACAGUCCUUUGGCCCAGCAGAGCCCUCUAGCCCAGCCAAGUCCAGCCACCCCCAACAGCCCCGUCGCCCAGCCAGCUCCUCCUCAACCUCUUCAGCUGCAAGGACAUGAAAAUAGUUACAGGUCAGAAGUAAAAGCAAGGCAAGAUGUGAAACCAGACAUCCGACAGCCUCCGUUCACAGACUACAGGCAGCCCCCACUGGACUACAGGCAACCUCCAGGAGGAGACUAUCCACAGCCCCCACCUUUGGACUACAGGCAGCCUCCCUUGCUGGACUACAGGCAGCACUCCCCUGACACCAGGCAGUAUCCUCUGUCAGACUACAGGCAGCCCCAGGAUUUUGACUAUUUCACUGUGGACAUGGAGAAAGGAGCCAAAGGAUUUGGAUUCAGCAUUCGUGGAGGAAGAGAGUAUAAAAUGGAUUUGUAUGUGUUGAGAUUGGCGGAAGAUGGGCCAGCAAUAAGAAACGGGAGAAUGCGGGUAGGAGAUCAGAUCAUUGAAAUCAACGGGGAAAGCACAAGGGAUAUGACACACGCCAGAGCAAUAGAACUCAUCAAAUCCGGAGGAAGAAGAGUGAGGCUGCUGCUGAAGCGAGGCACGGGGCAAGUCCCAGAGUAUGGAAUGGUACCUUCCAGUCUCUCCAUGUGCAUGAAAAGUGACAAGCAUGGGUCCCCAUAUUUCUACUUAUUGGGCCACCCUAAAGACACGACGAACCCCACACCUGGAGUGUUGCCGCUGCCGCCGCCCCAGGCCUGCCGGAAGUAGGCGUCUCCCUCGAAGACAUCCUCUCUCCAUUCUCUCCAUCGCAUCCAGCCCCACCCUCCGACCCUUCCCACCAGAUAGGCCCAGACCCCACUUGGGAUAUCAAAAGGGAACACGACGUU